AUGGUGAACAGUCUCUCCCCACCCGCCCCGGUGGAGCUCUGCUAUGAGAACGUGAACGGAUCCUGUGUUAAAACUGCGUACUCGCCGGGUCCCCGAGCCCUUCUGUACACACUCCUUGGUUCGGGGGCUGUGCUGGCCAUGUUUGGAAACUUACUGGUCAUUAUCGCUAUCCUUCACUUCAAACAGCUGCACACCCCUACGAACUUUCUGAUCGCGUCCCUGGCCUGCGCUGACUUCCUGGUGGGGGUGACCGCCAUGCCCUUCAGCACGGUGAGGUCUGUGGAGAGCUGCUGGUACUUCGGGGACAGUUACUGUAAAUUUCACACAUGUUUCGAUACUUGCUUCUGUUUCGCUUCUUUAUUUCACUUAUGCUGUAUCUCUGUGGAUAGAUAUAUUGCGGUUACUGAUCCUCUGACCUAUCCCAUCAAGUUUACUGUCUCGGUGUCAGUCCUAUGCAUUGCUCUCUCUUGGUUCUUUUCGGUCACAUACAGUUUUUCCAUCUUUUACACGGGGGCCGAUGAGGAAGGAAUCGAGGACUUAGUCGUUGCUCUCACCUGUGUGGGAGGCUGUCAGGCAUCCCUGAAUCAAAGCUGGGUUCUACUUUGUUUCCUUCUAUUCUUUGUACCCACUGUCGCCAUGGUGUUUCUAUAUGGUAAGAUCUUUUUGGUGGCCAGACGCCAGGCUAGGAAGAUAGAAAGUUCAGCUAGCCAAGCUCAGUCGUCUUCAGAGAGUUACAGGGAACGAGUAGCAAAGAGAGAGAGAAAGGCUGCGAAAACAUUGGGCAUUGCGGUGGCGGCGUUUCUGGUCUCCUGGCUACCGUACAUUAUUGAUGCUGUGAUUGACGCUUACAUGAAUUUUAUAACUCCUCCUUAUGUUUAUGAGAUUUUAGUGUGGUGUGUUUAUUAUAAUUCAGCUAUGAAUCCCUUGAUAUAUGCUUUCUUUUACCCAUGGUUUCGGAAGGCAAUAAAACUUAUCCUAAGUGGUAAAGUCUUGGGGAGGGAUUCAUCAACAACUAAUUUUUUUUCUGAGGAAGCAGAUGUAGAUUGA